AUGUUUCUACGAAAUUCAAUAAAAAUUAAACCGUGCGAUAAUAACUGCGAAACGGGCGACAAAAUUCAACAAAAAAUCCAAUUGCUGUAUCAAUGGCUAGCCGAUAACCCCAAUAUUAACGCCCGCACCGAUUAUGAAAACUUGGCACAAUUCUUACGCAGCUGUAAAUAUGAUUUGGAUCGUACCAAGAAGAAAAUCAAAAGCUUCUAUCAUAUGCGUGCUGAACGUUCUGAAUGGUUUUCAAAUCGAGAUCCGACGCGGAAAGAAAUCCAAGAAUUACUCAAUUUAGGCGUAUUCCUUCCCGUCGAUGGUCUAGACGAGGAAAAUCGAAAAGUUGUUAUCAUUCGUACAGCUGUACACGAGCCCAAGGAACAUUCACAAAAUGAUGUCUUCAAAGUAAUGAAAAUGGUAUUGGAUUUAUUGAUUCUGCUCGAACCGGAAAAUUGUAAAAAUGGCAUUGUAGCCAUAUUCGAUAUGGAUGGUGUUCAGCUGGGUCAUGCAAUGGCCCUAAACCCGAAACUAAUCAAACGAACUGUUGACAGUUGGCAAACGUAUCCAUAUCAACCGAAGCUGAUGGAAUUUAUUAACUCGCCACUACAUGUCAAUAUUGUUUUGAAUACAUUUCGCAUUUUUAUGACACCGAAAAUGCGUUCACGUGUUGUUGUACAAAAACGUAAAUGUUCGGUGAAAUGUGAAAAUUUACCCUGUGAUUUGGGUGGCAAUGGUCCAUCGUACAGAGAGUUGACACAACGUUGGAAAAAGCUGGUUGAAGAAAAUGCCAAUUUCUAUGUUGAAGAUGAUAAAUAUAAGAGUAUAAUUGAAACGAAAAAUUGA